GUAUUGGUCCCUCCCUUACACUGGUUAAUGUUAAAUUGUCAAUUGGAGAUAUUUCCUUUCCCAUUUCUAUAAAAAUUGAAACCAUAAUUGAAACGCAUACAAACAUCAGCAGGGAUGAAUCUUUAGAGAACAUUCAAGUUGAUUCUCCAAUGUAUGUCUCAUUCCAAAUAUAUAAUUUAUUUCUCAAACUAAAAAAUGAGAUUUUACUAUGUGACUAUUUCGGGGCAUUAGAAAAUAUAGGCCAUGAUAAAUCUCUAAACACCUGUUCAUUCAAUUCUAAAGAGUUGCACAAUAUAUAUAUGCUUGCAUAUACAUAUAUAUAUUUCACGUUGCACUUUUAGCGAAUUAAAGUAGGCAGUUAGUUUCCCGCCUCCGAAUGGACGCCGAAGUUCUAAAUAGAACUUCUUGUUACUUAAAAGAGAUGUUUUGUGAUAAACCCUCAAAAAAGUUUAUUGUUGGUCUACAUCACAAUGGAAUUAUAAAAUCGUUAUCAAUACGUUCUCAGAAAAUGAUAACCUGAGGCCAUAAUUUUGCUUUAUCAAAUGAUAAGUUAAGGUUAUGUUUACAUUUGUAAGAUACAGUUGAAGAAAUGUGAUAAUAAUUUUAGUUUGGUUUAAAACAAAUUUAAACUAAAAGUAAUUGUAAUUAUGGAAUCUUUGAAAAUAUUUGAUAAUUUUAAAAUCAGUGAUUUGGAUGAAGACUGGAUUCAAUCCAUUUGGAAUGGGGAGUUUAUGAUUUUCAAUGAACCACCUGAUGAAUAUCUCAUGUUUAUAGAAAGUGAAGACAUGAGAUUGCUUUUACACAAAUGUUAUAUUAUUGUAAAAGCCUGGUUAUUAGAAAGAACAGAUCACAAUGAUCCUGAAAGUUGUUUCGAAACAUCUUGGAACACAUUGAUUAUUAUGGAUGUAAAGGUGCGUGCAAUAUUAGCUGUAUUGGGUUAUAUAAUAAAAAAUGGUCAGAGUAAAGAAGCUGAUGAGAACUCAAGACAAUCAAGUCUUUAUGCGAUUAAUUUGUAUUUUAUAUUUCUGGCUGUUCCUGGUAGUAAUGCAUUUAAUGUAUUUCAUCCAAAUUUAUAUCAGCAUGCGAUAGAGACAAUUAAAAUACAUUCAGAACAAUUACAGCCAGUUACUAAGAAACGUAGGAAAUCAAUGAACUUAGACGAUUUAGUUGUUACUGAUGAGUUGAUGAAUGAAAACUAUGUCCUCUCACAUGAUGAGAAAGAAAUUCUUAUGAAAGAUUUGAAUACAAUUGUUUCCACAUUUAUUAUAAUGAUAAGAUCAUUCUGGUUUAAAGAUCACAUACGAUCAUUAGAUAUUACCAUUCAUGGAUUAGUUGAAGUUACAAAAAUAGAAGAUGAUUCUAUGCUCUCUCAGCACAUUAGAUACAGAGAUGAUACAGUGGUUUCAUUGUCACAGAAUGCUUAUGUAGCUUUAUGUGAAUUAUGCAGCAACAAACAUGGACCUAUUGACGUUACUAUAACAUUCAUAGCAAAAUAUAUAUUACCACGUUUCUUAUGCAAUCAUAUGGAUGUACAAAUGAAAGUAUUUACAAAUAUACGUGAAAAUACUAUACAUUUUUUAAAGAAUUUAUUAUGUAGAUAUGAGAAAGAUGCUACAAGUGCAAUUUUAACAUUAAUACAACACCUAAUGUUAAACUGUCCAGAUCGGCUGGAAGCACGACAAAGACAAGUUGGUAUUUUAGUAAAGCUCCUUGGAAUAUGUAAACAUGAUCUUAUAGUAAAGGUAUUUAGAAAUGUAAUAUUAUUGUCACAUCAUUCAAAAAUACCAUUUAGGUUGUUUGCUCAAGAACUUAUUGGAAAAUUAUUGAUUGAAUCCUUUUUAAUAAAUUGCAAUUUAAUGGAUAAUUUGAAAAUUAAGGCAAAAAGAAUAUUAUUUGCAACUGUAUUGAGUAGAUGUAUGGAUUGUUCAAGCAUGGUAAGAGGAAAGGCCAUUGCAAUAAUUGCUGAAUUCACAGAAUCUGAUAGUGAAAUAGAUAAGGCUAUGUUUCAAGCUAUUUUUAAUGAGUCUGAUCCAAAUAAGAAAUUUGUAACAUUUCAAGAAUUAAAGAAUGCUUUGUCUGAAAAUGUGGACUUAUUACCAGGUUCAAAUGUUUUGAUAAAAAUGCUCAUGGAGCGUAUAGAAGAUGAAAGAGCAAUGAUACGAAGAAGCACAUUACAAAUUAUGAAAAAUUUAAUUCUAAUGUUUCCAAAUUUAAUAAAGGAGGUUGUAUCUGUAAUAAGUCGUAGAUGCAGAGAUCCAGCAUUAUUAGUACGCCGUUUUGCAGUACAAGUGUUGUCUCAACUUUUACAGCAAUUCCCAGAUAAUUCUCAACUAUUACAUGAAUGGGUACAAACUGUCUUACCACAAAUAUUUGAUAUUGAAAUUAAAGUACAAGAAAAGGUGCUAGAAUAUUUACAAGAACUACUAUUAAAUAAAAUAAAAGAUGUUUCUACAAGUGCUGAUACUGAUACAAAUAGUUUACCAUGGAAAAUAUUAAAUACUUUAGCUAAUAUGAAAAUGAGAAAACAUUUAUCAAAAGCUUGUAAUAUGUGGGUAAAAAAUGGUGGUAUUAUUACUAAUUCAGUAGUAAAGAAUAUACAGUCCCAUAUUGGGACAAGUAAUAAUAUAGGUGCAUGGGUAUUUUUAGUAGCUUUGGCUGAAAAUACCAAGUUACCCAACAUGAACAAAUACAUUUCAAAUUACAAGGAAAUAUUGGAAUAUAAUAAUUUUUGCACAAGUUUAGUUUUACAAGUUUUAAGAUAUUCUUGGAAAUCUUUGGACCAUGAAGUUUUAGAACAUCUUCAUGUUUAUAUGUAUAAAUGCUUACAGCAAUUUAAAAUCAACUAUGGUUUGAUUAGUAUCUGUUUGGAUAUUAUAUACAAUAUAAUACUUUAUUUAAAUCCAGAUAAAGGUAAUAAUUUGUUGGAGCUGUACAUGCAAAAUUUGAUGAAGAUUUCAGAAACAGAAAUUGCAAAAAUUUUCAAAAAUGAAUCUGAAAUUGUUGAUACAGUACCUAAUUAUUUGAAAGCUAUGUUUACAUUGGGAAAUGCUACACUUUUAUGUACUUCUAAAAUUUCACCAUCAACAUUAAGAAUUUUACAAGGGAUGUUACUUGAAUGGGAAGCAUUACCAGAAGCAAUAAAAGAAAUAAAUGAACUACAACCAUCAGCAGUUGUUAUUCUUGGUCAACAAGCAGUGAGAGAUCGUGAAGUAGCAAAAGAAAUAGUUCCAAUAUUUGGUCGAUUAAUGAGACAAGAAACAAAUUUAGAUUCAGUUAUUCAUAUUGCCAUGAAAAUAAAUACUGCAAAAGCUCUGGCUGAUAUUUGCAUUAGAUUUACUGCAUUAGUUGAACCUUAUUUAUCGGAUAUGUGUGUAAGCAUGAAAGAUUCAAGUCCACAAGUACGAGAAGCUAUCAUGGUGAUAUUUAUUCAACUUCUUCUUGAAGAUUAUAUCAAAAUUAAAGGUCCAUUUUUUUUUCAUAUAUUAACAAUGCUGUCAGAUUCAGACAGCAUGAUCCGCGAAUUAACUAAUUUCCUUAUUGAAGAGAGACUUUUAACAAAGAAUAAAACUUUAAUAUCACAACAAUUUCUGCAAAGUAUAUAUCAUUAUAAUAAUUAUCGAUCCCAACAUAAAGUUUAUGACCUAAAGAUGCGGGAAAAAGAACGAAAAGCUUUAACACUUCCUGGCAAAAAGAAUGAAGAGAAACGGAAAAUAAUUUAUGAUUUCAUGUUAGAUCAUUUAGAUCCACCAGGGAAAAUAAAAUUACUUGUAAAAAUAACUAGUCAAAUACUUGGUGGAACUUGUGUUGAUUCAAUCAAUGUUAAAAAAGAGGAAGGUGUAGGUGUUUUAAAGGAUGCAUUAUAUGUAAUUGGUAAUAAACGUUUACGACCGUCAUCUUUUAAUAAACACAGUGAUGAUGAUCAACAAGAGAGUGAAGAAACUAUAGCUCAGACAGUUACACCUACUACUAAUGCUAUGGCUGUCAUCAUUGAGGGAAUAAAGAAGCAUGGCUUAGAAGUAUUGUUACCUGUAUUGAUAAAGCUUAGGAUAAAAUUAUCAGUUUCUAAAUCUACAUUAGAAAAUGAAGUAAAAAAACUAUUAGUUAAAACAUACUCUGAGUACAAUAAGGAUCAAUUAUCAAAUAUCUUAAGUGAAUAUCCUAACUUGGAAAAAGAAAUUGAGCAAUUUAAGAAGCAAUUGGAAGAUGUCAAUUCUAAUGAUGAGGAUUCUAAUGAAGAAGGAACAUCACUGCCAGAAACGAAUAAGCGAAUUAUAAGUGAGAAGAAUUCAGAUUUAACGGCGUAUAAAUUAUCUCCCACAAUUGUGAUAGAACGUGUUUCAGAUUCUCAAUUAUCAAACUGGAAGAGAGCAUUAGUAAAUCCAUCGUCGCGAACUACUCCUGUAAAUGGUUGGGAUUCAAUUCCUUUGGCUUCACCUUCAGAAUUAUUAGGUUCACCUACUCAACCUGGUCCUAGUACAAGCACACCCAAGUCAUUCAAAUACUUGGACUCAAAUGGUCACGUUACAAAAGCUAGAAGACUUUCCACUUUUUUUCAAGCUGAAAAUCUAUUCGAUAAUUUCCAGUGCCCGAUGGAAGAAGUUCAGUAUGAUAGCAAAUUAAUCAGUCUUAUAGAACCUUGAAUUAGCACAGGAUGAUUGUAUUAUUUAAAAGUACAUCAUAUACUUAUUUUGUUUACGUCAUCACAAUUUCAUCAUCAACAAGAUAUAUAAUUCUAUCAUAAAAACAACUUUGAAGGAUACAUACUAGCUGCAUCAAACGAAUGGUUCUAAUAUUUCGAUGUCGUGAAAACAUAUUUACAAUAGAAUGCGCUAAAUGUGUUCCGCGUAUCUUUCAAUACUAUAAGAUUUGCUUUAUACAUGUAUGUAUAUCUUUCUAAUGUACAUAUACCAAAAAAUAAAUAACGGAAUUUCUGCUCACA